UUGUACUCCGGCAGUCCAGGUGGCUACCCUGAGGGGUCCUGACCAUCUCUCACAUACACACGUGUGCUGUCCGCUGUUACCAUGGCGGACCUACAGAUGAAGCUUCUGCGGAAGAAAAUCCAGAAAAGAACUGACAAGAACAAAGAGCGAAAACUUUUAAAGACGCAGAAAGAGGAAGAGGAGGAGACGGUGAGCUCUAUCGGGCUGGAGGAGAAAAGCUGUGAGGACACAGACACUGCCACCAAGACAGAAAACGAGCCCAAGAAAACACAGAAGAAGAAACAGGCCGAGGAAUCAGCAGAGGGGACCACAACAGAAGAAACUCCACUGAAGAAGAAGAAGAAAAAGAAAAGGAAACUCACUGAUACGACCGAAUCACCAGCUGAGAAGAAGACCAAAGCAGCGGAAGAAGAGGAAGAAGACAAGGAAGAGGACAGGGAAGCAGAAGAAAAUGGAACAUCAAUAGCAGAUGAGGAUGGAGAAGAGGAGGAUGGGGAUGAAGGAGAGGAAGAGGAAAACGGUGAUGGAGAGGAUGAAGAGGAAGAUCUACCUGAGUUACCUUCUGGCUUGACAGGAGCGUUUGAGGACACAUCGUUUGCGUCUCUUGCUGAGCUGGUAAGCGACAGCACGCUGAAAGCAGUGAAGGACAUGGGGUUCGAACACAUGACUGAGAUCCAGCAUAAAAGUAUUCGCCCGCUGCUGGAGGGAAGGGAUGUUCUAGCCGCAGCCAAGACAGGAAGUGGUAAAACUUUGGCCUUCCUCAUUCCAUCUAUAGAGCUCAUCUACAAACUCAAGUUCAUGCCCAGGAACGGCACCGGUGUGGUGAUCCUGUCUCCCACCCGUGAGUUGGCGAUGCAGACGUACGGUGUGAUGAAGGAGCUGAUGGCUCAUCACGUGCACACCUUCGGUCUAAUCAUGGGGGGCAGCAACCGCUCGGCGGAGGCUCAAAAACUCGCCAACGGAGUCAACAUCCUGGUGGCCACACCUGGCCGUCUGCUGGACCACUUACAGAACACUGCUGGUUUCAUGUAUAAGAACUUACAGUGUCUGAUUAUUGAUGAAGCUGAUCGUAUCCUGGAGGUGGGCUUCGAGGAGGAGCUGAAGCAGAUCAUAAAGCUGCUGCCCAUGAAGCGUCAGACGAUGCUGUUCUCAGCCACUCAGACCCGUAAGGUGGAGGACCUGGCUCGUAUCUCCCUGAAGAAAGAGCCUCUGUAUGUCGGCGUGGACGACAACAAGGACAAUGCCACUGUGGACGGCCUGGAGCAGGGUUACGUGGUGUGCCCGUCAGAGAAGCGCUUCCUGCUGCUCUUCACCUUCCUGAAGAAGAACCGUAAGAAGAAGCUGAUGGUCUUCUUCUCUUCAUGCAUGUCAGUGAAAUUCCACUAUGAGCUCCUCAACUACAUCGACCUGCCUGUGAUGGCCAUCCACGGUAAGCAGAAGCAGACCAAACGCACCACCACAUUCUUCCAGUUCUGUAACGCGGACUCCGGGAUCCUGCUGUGUACUGAUGUGGCAGCCCGAGGACUCGACAUCCCAGAGGUGGACUGGAUCGUCCAGUACGACCCUCCAGAUGACCCCAAGGAGUACAUCCACAGGGUGGGCAGAACGGCCAGAGGCAUCAACGGCAGAGGCCAUGCGCUCCUCAUCCUCCGCCCAGAGGAGCUCGGCUUCCUCCGGUUUCUCAAACAGGCCAAGGUCCCGCUGAGCGAGUUUGAAUUUUCCUGGAGUAAAAUCUCUGAUAUCCAGUCCCAGAUGGAGAAGCUGAUCGAGAAGAACUAUUAUCUCCACAAGUCGGCUCAGGAAGCCUACAAGUCCUACGUGAGGGCGUAUGACUCCCACUCGCUCAAACAGAUCUACAGCGUCAACACCCUCAACCUCCCCAUGGUGGCGCUGUCGUUUGGCUUUAAAGUUCCUCCAUACGUUGAUCUGAACGUCCACAGCGGUAAAGGUGGAAAGCUGCAGAAACGGGGAGGCGGAGGCGGCUUUGGAUACCAGAAGUCAAACUUUAACAAAUCCAGGAUCUUUAAACACGUCAACAAAGGAAAAGGAGACAGGAGGCAGUUUUCCCGCUGAAGCCCUUUCAAAAUAAAACUCCUCCUGGACUGAUUCAUCCUCUGCGUAUUUAAAGAUCGACCUCGUCACGCCUCCCUCUGAUAUUGUAUAGACUUUUUUGAGCCUAUGAGAUGUUAAGAUGUUUUCUGUAAAUGUAAACAAACAUUGUAGAUGUUGUUGAGGACGCUGUCGACUUCUUUACAACAAAAAUAUCAAUUUUCUAUCACCUCUUAAUCUCUCCUGACUGAUGUAUUAAAUCUGUAUCAACUUUAAA